AUGUCUCAUCCAGCAGAUUCCCCGUCUUGGAAACUUGUUGAUGAUAAAUGGCCCAAGUUUGGUAAAGAGCUGAGAAACUUGAGAUUGGCUCUCUCAUCUGAUGGAUUCAAUCCCCACAGUUCUUUAAGUAGCAGAUACAAUUGUUGGCCAGUUAUCUUAGUUACAUAUAAUCUCCCACCAUGGCUAUGCAUGAAACUGAAGUUCAUGAUGUUAACCUCAUUGAUUUCCGGUCCUAAACAGCCUGGAAAUGAUAUAGAAGUCUACUUAGAGCCUUUGAUUGAUGAUUUAAAAUCUCUGUGGGAUGGGAUUAGAGGAGUGUAUGAUGCACAUAUAACAGAAUACUUUACACUCAGAGGUGUAUUACUAUGGACAAUUAAUGAUUUUCCUGCCUAUGACAACUUAUCUAAUUGUGUCAUUAAAGGAUAUAAAGCUUGUCCAAUAUGCGGCGAUGAUACACCUAGUCACAGGUUGAAAAAUGGUCACAAAAUUUGUUACAUUGGGCAUAGAAAAUGGUUACCAAUCAAUCAUCCAUAUCGGAAGCAGCGUUCAACUUUUAAUGGGAAACCUGAAUAUGGCACGCCUCCCGAGCCAUUAACCGGAGAAGAAGUGUUGCAUAUGGUUGAAGAUAUUAAUUACAUAAGGGGCUCAAAAAAUGGGGGAAGUGUUGGUGAGAAUGAUGGUGACAGAGUUUGUUGGAAGAAGAAAUCAAAAUUCUUUGAUCUCGAGUAUUGGAAAUACCUCCAUGUGAGGCAUGUCCUAGAUAUUAUGCAUAUUGAGAAGAAUGUUUGCGAUAGUAUCAUUGGUACAUUGCUGGAGAGCCCUAGAAAAAAUAAAGAUGGGAUUGCUGCUUGGUUAGAAUUAUUGAACAUAGGGGUCAAAACUGAUUUGCAACUUGAGUAUGGACAAAGACGUACUCGCUUGCCUCCAGGGCCUUGGAAUUUGUCAAGAGAAGAGAAGAGAGCGGUUUGCAAUUCUUUCUAUGGUAUGAAGGUCCCUGAAGGUUAUUGUUCAGAUAUAAAAAAUCUUGUAUCUUUAAAAGAUUCAAGACUUCUUGGACUUAAAUAUCAUGAUUGUCAUACCUUGAUGCAACAAUUGCUCCCUGUGGCAAUUCGUUCUGUUUUGGAGAAGCCUGCAAGUAUAGUUGGAGUGCCUUCAAGCCAGAAGAUAGGAGUUUCGAAGCCAUUAUCAGGUUGCACAGUAAGCUUAGUUGAUCGGGACUUGUUGAACUAG